GAGUGGAAUGAGAUGUCGUGUGAGGAAGCGGCAAGUUCAAUAUGAACCAAAGUUAUAUUUUUACCGAAAACACAUGGGGAUGAGGCACAGGCCGGCCUUUAGGUCACCUGAAGUGCUAAUUGGAUUUGUCAGCAUAUUUGCAAUAUCCACAUUUAUAGUUAAUGAACAAACAAGCAAAAGAUUGAUCACAAAAGGAGCUCAGAAACUCAUUAAGGAUGUCUCUAAAGCUGGAUUCAAAACAGCAUUUAAAGGAGGAGCCAUGCUGGUAGGAGGGGCAGUUGGACUGGCAUUUGCACUUCCUGAGGCAAUCGACAACUGGAAGGACAUGAUUGAAAAAAAGCAUGUGACUGAAGCCAGCCAAUCAUUGAGGGAUACAGCUGAUGAAAUUGAAAAUGCCUGUCGAACACUGAGGGAAGAACUUGAUGAAAUCCAGAGGACAUUUGAUGAGAUGGCCAAACUUCAAGAGGACACCGACACUUCCUCAGAAGAAGAGAGUGAGGAAGAAGAGAGUGAUCAAGAGGAGAAAGAUAGUCAUGGUUCAAGCGUCUCUUGGUUCCUUAAAAGGCGCUAUACAAAACCAAGUUGUCAUUGUUCACAGGGAGCAAGCAAAGAGGAGAGAGUGAGAAAUCUUGUGCUGGCAGAGAGUGAGGAAGAAAGCGAGAGUAAUCGAGAUUCGGAGGAAGAGAGCGAGGAAGAGAGAGAGAGUGAUCAAGAUUCACACUCAGAGAAUGAGAAAGACAGAGAGAGCAAUCGAGAUUCGGAGGAAGAGAACGAGGAAGAGAGGGAGAGUGGUCAAGAUUCACACUCAGAGAGUGAGGAAGACAGCGUGAGCAAUCGAGAUUCGGAGGAAGAGAGCGAGGAAGAGAGAGAGAGUGAUCAAGAUUCACACUCAGAGAGUGAGAAAGACAGUGACAGCAAUCGAGAUUCGGAGGAAGAGAGCGAGGAAGAGAGAGACAGUGAUCAAGAUUCGCACUCAGAGAGUGAGGAAGACAGAGAGAGCAAUCGAGAUUCGGAGGAAGAGAACGAGGAAGAGAGGGAGAGUGGUCAAGAUUCACACUCAGAGAGUGAGGAAGAAAGCGUGAGCAAUCGAGAUUCGGAGGAAGAGAGCGAGGAAGAGAGAGAGAGUGAUCAAGAUUCACACUCAGAGAGUGAGAAAGACAGAGAGAGCAAUCGAGAUUCGGAGGAAGAGAGCGGGGAAGAGAGAGCGAGUGAUCAAGAUUCACACUCAGAGAGUGAGGAAGACAGAGAGAGCAAUCGAGAUUCGGAGGAAGAGAGCGAGGUAGAGAGAGCAAGCAAUCGAGAUGAGAAGAUUAAGGGUGUAAAACAGAGUGAGCGUUAUCAAGGGAAGCUGUCAGAAAAUGAAAUAAAGAGGGGGGAGCGACACGAGCUGGAGCGCGAGGAACAGAGAAACAGCGAACAAAACCAGGGUGUUGGUAUAAGGAUGGCAUUGCUCAAUAUUCGGUCUUUGACUAAGAAGUGGGCUAAAGUCUUAGAGCUCAUACGAAAUAACAAUAUUGACGUCUUUUUAUCAACAGAGACAUGGUUACAAGACGGCAGUGGAGAUGACAUACUAAUUAAAGCUUCGCCCCCAGAUUUUACCUUCCAUCACGAGGCAAGGGAAGGUAGAGGAGGAGGUGUAGCAAUUCAAUUCUCAAGAGCAUUUCAGGAUGACAGACUUUACUUUGACCACAUUACAACUUUUGAAUAUGUUGCUGUGGUUCUGCAGAAUGAUGACACACCCAUCUUGGUAAUUAAUAUAUACCAUCCACCAGGGUACACCAGAGGACAAUUCCACUGUUUCCUGGAUGAAUUUCAGAUGCUCUUGAAUUACAGUUUUGAAAUCUAUGAGCACAUAAUCAUCACUGGUGAUUUCAAUAUUCACAUUGAUAAUGGCAUGCAAUCCUCUGCUAUUGAGUUCUAUUUCCUUUUGCUGCUAAACAAUCUUGAACAGCAUGUAAAUGAGCCAACACAUAGAAGGGGGCACACUUUAGACUUGGUCAUCACCAGGAAUGUGGUAAUCUCAAAUCUCCAUGUCGAAGAUCACACAAUCUCUGAUCAUUCCACAGUUAUUUUCAUUGCAACUCCAAUUUUAACAGAUGGGAAAAAGAAAUCCAAACGAAAGGUCAAGGAAAACAAAAAGUCAAGAAGAUUUAAAAAGAAUGAACCAUGAAAAACAAAUAAGCUUGCAGGCCUCAUGUUGUAGCUACUUUGGCACGAUGGCAACUAGCCACUGGAGUCUCACCAUUUAGUUCGGUGCGUCCCUCUACUUCGAGAUAAUGACCAAGUUCAGUUGAUUGGCAUCCUUGCAUUGUGUAUGGCAUUUCAAGGAUGGCCUAUCUAUCCCCCAUUGUUAGUGUAGCGGGUGGGAAAAUAGCCUCUAUCGAAAGUUAAAUAAAAACCGACACCCCCCCUUAUUUUUUUUUGUAAAUCUAAAACAUGUAAAUCGCCAGCUCCUUUAUAAAUAGUCUUCUUUCUAUACGUCAAUUCAUUUAAAUGUUGUUAUCUUCUGGUGACAGCAGAUGUCACUGUAAUACCGGGUACAGUAGGGAAACACCCAACUCAAGCCGUGUUGGUUACGUCAGAGGCAGAAUAAAUAUGGCGCUUGAGUCGAUAGCAUACUAAACCCGUGUCCGUUCCUUACUGCGCCACAGGUACGUAAAAUAUGGUGUAAAACAACUAAGAACGGGUUGACAGAAAACCCAAGUGUCAGAUAAGCAUUCGGCUAGCGUUGUGGACGAUAUAAGUGUUCUAAGACUGAAUUUGAAUCUUGUUUUGAUGUCGAGUGUAGUUGCUAGCGAAUAUUAGCAUCUAGCCUAUUGUUUUACUGUGUAGCUCAUCUCGAAAUUACUAUGUGAAAAGACAUGAGGUAUGAAAGAAUGCUUGUUUGUUUUUUCAUCCAUAUUCUGAAGGUAACAACAUACAGAGGAGUAUUGAUCAGUUCCUCGAGUGAGGGAAAAGUAUCUCGUUUUGUGCUCAGGAUUUAUAAAUGGAAUUAGUGUAUGGUAGUUGGAGACGGAAGUGGUUCUCUGAAGAAUGGAAAUAUAUGUAGAAACGUUUGUAUUGUUAUUGAAUAGUUUUCAUUAUUUUCAUGCAUUUGACAUGCAAUGUCAUGUUAUUUGAUCAUUUUUAUUACCUUUGCCAUUGCAGUUGUGCUGUAGUAUUUCACAUACAUGAAAGUAUUGUCAUUGCUAAGGUUCUGGUAGUUGAAACAACUUAUUUUCAGUAAGGAGAACACUAAGCCAACCAUAUUGACUUGUGAAGGUCAGGUUGAAUGUUAAGUGGGAUGUAUGUGAUUGAAAUAUGAUCGUAAUCCAAAGCAACUACUGAAGAUAGUAGCAUUUAAAGAGCAUGUAUGUUUAUUUUGUUUUGUUUUGUUUAUUUUAUUGUUUUGGGCUAAUGACCAUGAUGUUGUAGCGAAUCCGAGGGGCAACCACAGGAACUGCCGCAGGCAGGACGCGAGACCCCUUUAGUCGAGCGGUUAGCGAUGUCGCCUGCGGUGCGGGCGAUAACUGUUCGCGUUUCGGCCGCGGCAGUUCGUGUGGUUGCCCCCCUCGAAUUGGCUACAUUGGUGUCAGAAGUGGGAUGGUGAGACCCUAAGGCCAUCGGAAGCGUAUGCGCCCAGAGGCGUGAAGGAGCUGACAUGCUUAAGCGCAGGGACACGCUUCCCGAAGGAGGGGGGUAGUGUAACGUGCAUGAAUAAGUAGACCCGCUAGUAGGUAGAUCUGACACUUUAGUCGAGCGAUUAGCGAUGUCUCCUGCGGUGCGGGCGAUACGGGUUCGCGUCUCGGCCGCGGCAGUUCCUGUGGUUGCCCCCCUGAAUUCGCUACAAUAUUUUGCAUUGAAUUGAACGAAUUAGAAGAAUACCACUGAAAUGGAAUAUGAUUGUGACAAGGCAGAAUAAAUAUGGCGCUUGAGUUGAUAACAUACUAAACCCGUGUCUGUUCCUUAAUGCUCCACAGCCAUUUCAGGACUGUGCAGCAACUUUAGCUACUGGCUCAGGCACCCCUAGACCUGAGGCUGGUAACAUUAGCAUGAUUGAAUAUAAACAAUGUCAAUCAAAUAAUUCUCGAAAGUAUAAAUUGUAAUAUCAUUAUUGGUUUCAUAAAUUAUAUGAUUUUGAAAACAGGUUAAAAAUGAGGGUAACAGUCUGUCAUAAUGUAAAUACCAUAGAUCUGAUGUAUUCUAGCAAAUGUGCAUCCAGUGGCAAUAAUAUAGACACAAGCCAUGCUGUACAUGUCACAAUGAGUUUACAAAAUUGCAGUGUUAUCAACUGUUGAUUGUUUAGUAGUAGCAAUUAUUUUUAUUAAAAAUCUGUAGCUUUUAAGAAACCUACUAAACAAUCAACAUUUUUUUUCAAAAGCUAAUACAAUAAUAUGCAUUAAAAUACCUGUAACGCUUCUUUUUUUGGUGGUGGUGGUGGGGGGUUUGCCCCGAUUUUCUCCCUAAUUGUACCCGGCUAAUUACCCCGUUCUUCCGAGCCGUUCCGGUCUCUGCUCCACCCCCUCUGCCGAUCUGGGGAGGGCUGGAGACUAUACCAUGUCUCCUCCGGAUACACGUGGAGUCGCCAGCCGCUUCUUUUCACCUGACAGUGAGGAAUUUCGCUAGUUCCAGAUCUUAAUGCUUCAGCAUACCAAGACGUUUUGGACAAUUCUAUGCUUCCAACUUUGUGAGAACAGUUUGGGGAGGGCCUUUUUCUGUUCCAGCAUGACUGUGCCCCAGUGCACAAAGCAAGGUCCAUUAAAACAUGGUUGGGUGAGUUUGGUGUGGAAGAAAUUGACUGACCUGCACAGAGCCCUGACAUCAACCCAUCGAUCACCUCUGGGAUGAAUUAGAAUGGAGAUUGCAAGCCAGGUCUUCUCGUCCAACAUCAAUGCCUGACCUCACAAAUGCUCUUCUAGAUGAGUGGGCAAAAAUUCCCACAGACACGCUCCAAAAUCUUGUGGAAAGUCUUCCCAGAAGACUGGAAGCUGUUAUAGCUGCAAAGGGGGGACCAACUCCAUAUUAAUGCCUAUGGAUUUAGAAUAGGAUGUCAUAAAAUCUCCUGUAGGUGUAAUGUGUCCCAAUACGUUUGUCCAUAUAGUGUAGUAUAUCCACAUCUGGCUUCCCACCCGCAGACACGGCAAAUUGUGUCUGUAGGGACGCCCGACCAAG